AUGGCAGGUUCCGACAGGUCAGACAAUGACGACCUCUCUGUAGGAGCCAAGAGCUCUAGCUCUAGCUCCGAUCUUGCGGAUAUGAAAAAGCUGUCAGCAAUCGACACACUACACAAUGACGAGGCACUAAAGGUCCUCGCGAACUACAGCCGCAUGUCAUCUUUUUAUGACAAGGCGAUUUCCUCACAGGCCGCAAUUUUUGCUGGUCCACUCAUAUUCAAGGAGAAUGAUGCACCUUGUUAUGUGCCGGGAUUUAUUGUUGUUGUGACCUCAUUCGUUGCCGGUGUCACUGUGCUUAUGUAUCGGUUUGUGUGCGUUGGGGAAAUCCGCAAGCGAGAUCAGUCCAGCACUGCGGAGGGAUAUGAAAAUGCGUACCAGGACGACUUGACUGAUGAAAUGAGUCCUCAAUUUCGGGAUAUUUUGUAG